AUGGCCUCCCCGGGGAUGAUGCAGUCCGGCCUCUCCCGGGAACUGUUCGAGUCCUGGUGCACGGACCCCAAGAAUGGCGUCAUCAUAGCAGGUUACUGCGUGGAAGGCACCUUGGCUAAAACUAUUCUGUCGGAGCCGGAAGAGAUCACGACCAUGUCCGGACAGAAACUCCCGCUGAAGAUGUCCGUAGACUACAUAUCGUUCUCAGCUCACACGGACUACCAGCAGACAUCAGAGUUCAUUAACAUUCUGAAGCCUCCUCAUGUGGUAUUAGUUCACGGAGAACAGAACGAGAUGUCUCGCCUGAAGGCGGCCCUGCAGCGGGAACACCGCGGCCGGCUCGCGAUACACACGCCCAGGAACACGCAGCAACUGGCACUCACAUUCAGGGGGGAUAAGACCGCUAAGGUGAUGGGGUCGCUGGCUAUGGAGCCGCCUGUGCCGGGCGCGCAGCUACAGGGAGUUCUGGUCAAGAGGAACUUCAACUAUCACAUACUGGCGCCCUCAGACCUGAAUAAGUACACGGACCUCUCCCAGUCGUCGGUGUCCCAGCGCGUGUCCGUGUGGUGCGGGGCUCCGGCGGGGCUGGUCCGUCACGCCGUCAUGCGUCUGGCGGGGCCCGUGGUGUUCCUGAGCGACACCCGCUGGAGGCUGUACGGCUGUAUCGAACUCACGCUCGACCUGCCGCUCGUCACGCUAGAGUGGCAGGCGGCGCCGGUGUCGGACAUGUUCGCGGACGCGGUGGUGGCGGCUCUGCUGGCGGCCCCGGCCUCCGCCCCCGGGCCCGCGCCUAACGCUCCGCUCGCACACAAACUGGACAAGAUGCACUUCAAGGAGUGUGUGAUCGAGAUGUUGUCGGAGAUGUUCGGCGAGGCGGCCGUGGCCAAGAUGUUCCGCGGAGAGCGGCUCACGGUCACACUCAACGAGCGGCAGGCGCAUCUAGACCUCGCCACCAUGGAGGUGAAGUGUCCCGAGGACGAGUCUCUGGAGCGCACGAUCCAGUCAGCCAUCAGUAAGCUGCACGCGGCCCUCUCACCCGUCCGGCCGCCCGCACCCUCCACACCCACAGCACCCACAGCAGCCGUCGCACCCUGA